CCGUGGUCUCAUCUAAUCUACUCACCUGCAACACGCAUCCCAUGCUGAAACGUUGUGAAUGAUCUUCUCUUGAGUCUCCCCUCGCGGGAAUCCCUCGGCAUUUCUCCGAACAAAUGCCCGUCAACUUCAGCAGAAAUUUCAGUUUUUCCUAAGCCCUACGACCCUUUACGAAUCUCCCCGUCCCUGUACCUCGUAUUAAUACAAAUUUCAUUCCCUCAAUUUCGCGCCCGACCCUCUUCGACCGCUUACCGCGAUAGAAUCGGCGCCCUUUCACGGUUCCCGCAGGCGCAAUGCCUGUUGAAAUCUGAAGAAAAUGCAUUCGGGGUUAGGGUUUCUGCUGAAGGUCGGCAAGUCAGCGGCAACCGCACUAUCGAAUCACAGAUGGACGGCUGCCGUCGAUAUGUCACCGUCUCUUCCACGAUUCUCGGUCUUCAAUGGAGGAGAUUUCAGGAACGUAGGAAGGCAUGGUCUCUGCAGCAGCGGAUAUGCCGUUGAGCAGUUCUCGGACGAUGAGUACGAGUGCGAUUUUGAGAGUCACAAGGCAUCUUCGUCGGUAGCCAACAUUGAUGAAUGGAAAUGGAAACUUAGCUUACUUUUACGCAGCGAAGAAGAGCAAGAAAUAAUUUCUAGAGAUAAAAGAGAUCGGCGUGACUAUGAGCAAAUCUCCAACCUCGCCAAAAGGAUGGGACUUUACAGUGAACUGUAUGGGAAAGUAGUAGUUGCAAGCAAGGUUCCUCUGCCUAAUUACAGACCUGAUCUUGAUGAUAAAAGGCCACAAAGAGAGGUUGUGAUCCCACUUAGCUUACAAAGGAGAGUUGAAGGUCUACUUCAGGAACACCUUGAUCGAAUGCAGUUAAAUUCUGAAAAGGUCAAAGAUAAUUUGGUUGAAAAUGUGGCUGUCAAUCAAAUUGAAGAUGUAAACGAGGAUGAAAAUCAGGAUUCUUUGCUUGAUGCAUCGGUCAUGGAAAAGAUUCUACAGAGAAAGAGUUCACGUAUGCGUAAUUUGCAGAGAGCUUGGCAGGAGUCACCUGAGGGUGUGAAGAUGCUAACUUUCAGGAAAUCCCUCCCUGCUUACGAGGAGAAGGAGAGGCUGCUCUCAGCAAUUGCACGGAAUCAGGUUGUAGUCAUUUCAGGGGAGACUGGAUGUGGCAAAACUACUCAACUUCCUCAAUAUAUUUUAGAAUCUGAAAUAGAAUCUGGUCGUGGAGCAUUCUGCAGCAUCAUCUGUACACAACCUCGAAGAAUAUCUGCCAUGGCUGUUUCAGAAAGAGUUUCUACAGAAAGAGGAGAGAAUCUGGGAGAAUCGGUGGGUUACAAAGUUCGGUUAGAGGGAAUGAAAGGAAAAAACACGCAUCUGCUUUUCUGUACCAGCGGCAUUUUGCUAAGGAGGUUGCUGGGAGACCGUAAUCUGAAUGGUAUAAGCCAUGUUUUUGUUGAUGAAAUUCAUGAGCGAGGCAUGAAUGAAGACUUCUUAUUAAUUGUGCUGAAGGAUCUUCUUCCUCGUCGCCGGGAUCUGAGAUUGAUUUUGAUGAGUGCAACUCUUAAUGCUGAGUUAUUUUCAAACUUUUUCGGAGGAGCACCAACAAUUCAUAUUCCGGGAUUCACAUACCCUGUAAGGGCACAUUUCCUGGAAGAUAUAUUGGAAAUGACUGGAUAUAAGUUGACUUCCUUCAAUCAGAUUGAUGACUAUGGCCAAGAAAAAUUGUGGAAAACUCAGAGGCAGCUAUUAACGCGGAAGAGAAAAAAUCAGAUUACUUCACUUGUUGAGGAUGCUCUUAACAAGUCAAGCUUUGAAAGUUAUAGUUCCAGUGCACGCGAUUCUCUAGCUUGUUGGACUCCUGAUUGCAUAGGAUUUAAUCUUAUUGAAGCUGUUUUAUGCCAUAUAUGUCGGAAGGAAAGACCGGGUGCAGUGUUAGUAUUCAUGACAGGCUGGGAUGAUAUUAGCUGCUUGAGGGAUCAGCUCAAGGCACAUCCCCUCUUAGGAGAUCCAAACAGGGUUCUCCUCCUUUCAUGCCAUGGCUCAAUGGCUACAUCUGAACAGAAGCUCAUAUUUGAGAAGCCUCCUCCGAAUGUACGCAAAAUAGUUCUUGCUACAAACAUGGCAGAGGCAAGCAUUACAAUCAAUGAUAUUGUUUUUGUAGUUGAUUGUGGAAAAGCAAAGGAGACUACGUAUGAUGCGUUAAACAAUACACCCUGUUUGUUACCAUCCUGGAUAUCACAGGCUUCUGCCCGCCAAAGAAAAGGUAGAGCGGGCCGUGUGCAGCCAGGAGAGUGUUAUCACCUAUAUCCUAGAUGUGUAUAUGAUGCUUUUGCAGAAUACCAGCUUCCUGAACUUCUGAGGACUCCCUUGAACUCUCUCUGCUUGCAAAUCAAAAGUUUGCAACUCGGAACUAUAGGAGAGUUCUUGUCAGCUGCUCUGCAACCACCAGAACCAUUGGCUGUCGAAAAUGCAGUUGAUUUCCUGAAGAUGAUUGGAGCAUUAGAUGAGAAGGAGAACCUAACAAAUCUUGGAAAAUACCUGUCAAUACUUCCGGUGGAUCCGAAGCUAGGCAAGAUGCUUAUCAUGGCUGCUGUUUUCCGCUGUCUUGAUCCUAUUCUUACAGUAGUGUCCGGACUGAGUGUUAGGGAUCCUUUUUUGUUACCUCAAGACAAAAAGGAUCUAGCAGGGACGGCAAAAUCAAGAUUCUCUGCAAAGGACUACAGUGAUCAUAUGGCUCUUGUUCGUGCAUAUGAAGGAUGGAAAGAUGCUGAAAGAGAAGGCUCAGCCUAUGAAUAUUGCUGGAGGAAUUUCCUUUCAGCCCAGACUCUGCAAGCUAUCCAUUCCCUUAGGAAGCAAUUUCAGUUCAUCUUAAAAGACGCUGAUUUAUUAGACGCAGAUGCUGGCACUUGUAAUAAUUUGAGCCACAACCAGUCAUUGGUUCGUGCCAUCAUCUGUUCCGGGCUCUUUCCUGGCAUAGCAUCUGUUGUGCACCGAGAGAAGUCUAUGUCUUUCAAGACAAUGGAUGAUGGACAGGUUCUACUAUAUGCGAAUUCCGUGAAUGCACGCUAUCAGACAAUUGUCUACCCAUGGCUGGUUUUCGGUGAGAAAGUCAAAGUCAAUUCAGUAUUCAUACGAGACUCUACAGGUGUCUCUGAUUCAAUUCUUAUCCUUUUUGGAGGUGCUCUUGCCCGUGGAGCUUCGGCCGGGCACUUGAAAAUGUUGGAUGGCUACAUUGAUUUCUUCAUGGAUCCUAGUUUGGCAGAAUUGUAUUGGAAUCUCAAGGAGGAACUUGACAAAGUUAUCCAAAAGAAGCUUGAAGAGCCAGGCGUGGACAUUCACAAGGUUGGCAAGUACCUUGUGCAUUCGGUGCAGGAACUGGUAUCAGCCGACCAAUGUGAGGGGCGGUUUGUUUUUGGCCGUGAAAGCAAGAAGGCCCGAGCCUCCGGUGAAGAUGGUGAUAGUAACAGUAGAUUGAAGGAUGGUUCAAACCCAAAAAGCUUGCUCCAGACCCUGUUGAUGAGGGCGGGCCAUAGCCCCCCAAAGUACAAAACAAAACACCUCAAGACAAAUGAGUUCAGGGCGCUUGUGGAGUUCAAAGGGAUGCAGUUCGUAGGGAAGCCCAAGAAGAACAAGCAGCUUGCUGAGAGGGAUGCUGCCAUUGAGGCAUUGGGCUGGCUGACCCACACCUCCGAUAAGAACAGGGAUGAAGAGGAUGACUCCCCGCCUGAUGUCACUGAUAACAUGCUGAAGUUGCUUGGGCGGCGUCGGCGUUCCAAGCGCCGGCCAGGUUGAUAGUGGGCCGUGGUAGUUGUGGUUGAUAUUCUUAAUCCAAAUUCACUAGGCAGAAUGAGGUUGGUGGGUGUCGCUGAUUUGGGUGACAUGUCUUUCUCAAGCCCCAUGGUGUUGCCACAUGGCGGAUUAUCAGGUUGCAACAUUGCAGCAUGUUCCAGCAUCAAGUCCUAAUUUAUGGAUGGAUGUGGAGUAGGAAGGUUCGAAAGAGAUGCUGGCACUCAGAGAAGUGAAAAGGUUAACUAUACAAAAAUAUGAUCAUGUUGUAUGCAAGAACAGCUCCCCUACAGCUCAUCCUAUGUUAACUUAACUCGCAGCCCACUCAUCGCAAUCAUUUUGUCGUUGAAAAAAAUCAAGUAUUUCCAAUGGCAAACGCGGCAAUAAGAAUCCGGAAGGCAUAAAGAAAGGGAUUGCAUGAUGCAACAGUUUGUAUAUGAUCAGUUCUCAUUAUAUGUUAAUUUUAGUGGGGUUUUCUUUUAUGACCUUUUGAUAUUUCUAAUAAUUGUGUGUGUGUGUGUGUGUGUGUGUGUGUGUGUGUGAUCUCUAUCUGGCACUAUUCAAAGUUGCGUAUGAGGACCGAUUUGCUUGGGUCUCAUGAUGUGGCUUUAGGUGCAGUGUGAGUACACUCAGAAGUUUUCCCAGCUAAUUGUUAACUGCCAGGUUACAGACACCACUGCCUAGUAGGAUGCUUGUCUUUUAUCACCGUGUAAUUUUAAUUUAUACAUUGAUCA